GCAAUUAAAAACAUGUUAAAAGUAGGUCAAAAAGUUCCAUUAGAUGUUACCUUAGGUAAAUGUCUCAAACCAGCUGCUGAUGGUUCAUGCCCAGUCGCUCCAAAAGUUAAUUCAGGUGAUCUCUUUUCAAAUCGUAGAGUUGUUGUUUUCGCUUUACCAGGUGCCUUCACUCCAACUUGUUCAGCCAAACACUUACCAGGUUUCAUCCAAAAGUCAGGUGAAAUUAAAUCUAAAAAUAUUGACGAAAUUUUCUGCUUAGCCACCAAUGAUAGCUUUGUUAUGAGCGCCUGGGGUAAAGAACAAGGUGCUGGUGAUUCUGUCACUCUUAUCUCUGAUGGUAACUCCGAAUUCACUAAAAAGAUUGGUAUGACCCUUGAUGCUACAGGUUUCCUUAUGGGCCCAGAACGUUCAAAACGUUAUGCCAUGAUUUUAGAUGAUGGUGUUGUUAAACACAUUGGUUUAGAUGAAAGCGGUUUUGAACACUCAAGUGCUGAAGCCAUCUUAAAACAAUUAUAAAUAUAAAAUAAAACAAUAUAUUAAUAAAAUAUGCAUAUAUAAAAUAAAAAACUAUAUAUCUUAAAAAAUAAAAAAAGAAAA